CCAAUCGGAACGCAGAUGCCCUAGCGGGAGCUCGGUGUCGCGCGACUCGGGUGAUCUUGCGCAGAGCGUAGGUGGCGUUUGGCGCUUGCUCCUACUCCGCCAGUCUCUCUGCAGCCUCCGGGAGAUCUGCUCCGCUCUUCUAACCUCCGGCAUCAUGUGGAUGACACCUAAGAGAAGCAAAAUGGAUGUGGAGGAGGCUCGGGGGUUCCGGCCCGAGUGGACCCAGCGUUAUUUGGUGGUAGAGCCGCCGGAGGGCGAAGGGGCCCGCUGCCUGGUCUGCGCCCACCUCGUCGUAUCCGCUAGCGAACGCGACGUCAGGCGCCACUACGAGGCCGAGCACAGGUACUACCAGCGGUAUGUGGAGGAGGGCGAGCGGGAGGCCCUGGUGGAGCGCCUGCGGCAGGGCGACAUUCCCGAGAUGGUCCCGCCCACUCCCGAAGAGAGAGCGGCGCGGGCAGGCCUCGGCAUCGCCCGCCUCUUGGCCCUGAGGGGUCGCGGCGGGGGUGAGGGGGACUUUGUGUACCAGUGCCUGGAGGUGAUGCUGAAUGAUGUGCUGCCGGACCACGUAGGCGUCUUGGGUGGCAUUGAUUUAUCCCCAGAGACCAUCCGGCAGAGGGUCCUGAACAUUAACGAGAACCUCCGCAGCCAGCUUUUUAACCGAGCCAAGGACUUUCGAGCCUAUUCCCUGGCCUUGGAUGACCAGGCCUUUGUGGCCUAUGAGAACUACCUCCUGGUUUUUGUCCGCGGCGUGGACGUGGACUUGGAGGUGCAGGAAGAGCUGCUGACCAUUAUCAAUCUGACGAAUCACUUCAGUGUUGGUGCUCUCAUGGCGGCAAUCCUUGAGGCCCUGCAGACGGCCGGGCUUAGCCUGCAGCGGAUGGUGGGACUAACCACCACCCACACCCUGCGGAUGAUUGGUGAGAACUCUGGACUGGUGUCGUACAUGCGAGAAAAGGCUGUAAGCCCCAACUGUUGGAAUGUCAUCCAUUACUCGGGAUUCCUUCACUUGGAGCUGUUGAGCUCCUACGACGUUGAUGUUAAUCAGGUCAUAAGUACCGUAUCGGACUGGAUACUGUUGAUUAAGACAAGAGGCAUCCGGCGACCCGAAUUCCAGGCUUUACUAACUUCAUCGGAGUCAGAGCAUGGCGAAAGGGUUAAUGGACGGUGUCUGAACAAUUGGCUGAGAAGAGGGAAGACUUUAAAGCUAAUAUUUUCAUUAAGGAGAGAGAUCGAAGCGUUCUUGGCUUCGGUGGGGGCAACAACAGCCCAUUUCUCAGACCCAGAGUGGCUUUGUGAUUUUGGCUUCUUGGUGGAUAUUAUGAACCACCUCCGAGACCUCAGUGAACUACUGCGAUUCAAUAGAGUCUUUGCUGCUACUGCAUUUGACCAUAUUUGUAGCUUUGAUGCUAAGCUGAAUUUACUGCACAGACAUAUUGAGGAAAAAAAUCUCACACACUUUGCUGCCUUGAGAGAAGUCGUUGAUGAGCUUAAACAGCAUAUUAAAGAAGAAGACAAAAUUCUUGAUCCUGGUAGGUACAAAGUGGUGAUCUGUCGCCUGCAAAAAGAAUUUGAUCGACAUUUCAAGGACCUCAAGUUCAUUAAAAAGGACUUAGAACUCUUUGCAAAUCCAUUUAACUUUAAAGCUGAACAUGCACCUAUUGCAGUAAGGAUGGAGCUAACAAAACUUCAAGCAAAUUCUGACCUUUGGGAGGAGUACAGAAACAAAGACCUGGGACAGUUCUAUGCUGGAUUGUCUGCUGAAACUUACCCGAUUAUCAAAGGGGUUGCCUAUAAGGUGGCAUCCUUGUUUGAUAGCAGUGAAAUCUGCGAAAAGGCUUUUUCGUAUUUGGUUAGAAACCAGCACACUUUGAGCCAGCCGUUAACAGAUGAGCAUCUCCACGCCCUGUUUAGGAUCGCCACAACUGAAAUCGAGCCACACUGGGAUGCUCUUGUGAGAGCAAGAAAUCCUCCUAAUCCGUAAGCUUUUGUAGUACAACACUCAACGAGAAUCCAGUCCUAAAAGCAAAAAUUUGACUUUUCAAGUUUACUCAUUUGGAGCGUGAGAAUGCACCAAGUUUAUUCAUUCAAAUUGAUAACAACUGAGAUUCUUCUGACUUUUUUUUCUCAUCUCAAGAGGCAGCAUGGGACUGGAACAUGAAACACCUCUUUUCAAACUUAAUGUCAAAGUCGUUGUUGUCUUUUGCUUUUAUGACAUAAUUGUUUUUAAAGAAGUUUAGUACUGAUGAUGUGAAUUGAAUUAGGAGUCUGUUUUUAAGGUGUUCUGAAGAAAUUUUAGGUCAUAUUUUUUAAAAAUGUUACAAUUCUGAUACAUAUAGUCUAAAAGUAUCAUCUCCUUAAUUGUAUGUUUGAGCCUAUUUGCAGAAAUUCACAUAGCAAGUUCAGAAGUUCCUGAAAAGGAAGAACAUUCAGUGGAGACAAAUGUUUGGCCCUGGCAAGAAGGAUGAAGCAAAAUAUUUUUGCACUGCAGGAUCAGGAGGUGUGAGAUACUUUAGCUUCUUUGUCCUAUCUGCAUGGGUGUUACUGCUUUAUAAAGAAAUCCUGCUUAAAGGGAACUUUUUACUUUAUAGUGAUAGACCAGAUUUUGUUAGCUGAUAGAAGUGCAUUUAUUAGAGAUUUUGAAGCUGCCCCACAUUCUGUAUUUAAGACAGUGCACAAGUAGAAGUAUUUAACUCAAGAAGCAGCUUUAUUCAGAUUUUAGGAAUUUCAUAUUUCUAGUGAGCCAUCGGCUUUGUGCUAAAACAGUAAUUUUCAAACUUAUGUUAACCAUGAAAAGGAAAUCGUACAGUAAAGCCAAAUAUGUAAAAUGACUUCCAAACAGGACCCAGUUUAUAGAUCCUCAAGUACAAUUUGUAAACGUGUGCUAAAGUCCUGUCUUAACUAUUGUUACACAUAAUUCUAUGGUCAUUAGUCCAGCAAAUUCAAGGAACCAGGAUACAACUAGGAAUUGAGAAGGAACUGAUGCCUCAGCAAUCAAAAUAGUGCCAAAAGAACCAACUUGUGUCAGUGGUUCUCAUUCAGAGGCAGUAAACCCUCUUUCCAGAGGAUGUUGGGACAUACAGGGGAUUUUUUUGGUUGUCCUAGUUGGUGGGGGGUUCUGAUGGCAUUUAAGUGCAUAGGUCAUCCUGGCACAGGAAUCAUUCCUCUCAAAGUGCCAGUAGGACCCCCCAGUGUAGAUUAUUUUAUUUUGAGGGACAGGGAAAAUUACCGGUAGAAGCAAAAUUAGAAGAACAAGUUGGGCAAACUUGAUAGGGGAGACCAUUCCAACAUUCUGAGUUUGGCUGGUAAGGUAAAAGCCUCGACAUGUUCCGGUAGCUCACAAUAGCAUUUAUAAAUCUGUAAUCAAUACUGAACCAGAUUAAAGGACUCUAUCUGUUAUAUAUAAUUCAUUGAGGACAGAAAAGCAAGUUUUAUAACAAGAUACUUGUCAAGAAUGGUCAAGUUGAGAUUUUGGUAAACGGAGUAGGCUUAAAACAACACAAUGAAAAUCCAGCCAAACAAACAAAUCUACCAGUAAUUUCCCAAUAGUUUGGAGUAUUCUCUUUCAUGGCAAGUGCUUUAUUGAAAGAAUGACUAGAAUACCUGAAAGCUGCUUCUGCUUUCUAACCCUGGUUCCUCAAAUAUUGAAGUCUUGUACAUUUUGUGAAGUUCUAGUAUAUAUUUUGCUUACAGUAAUAAUAAAAUUAGUUUGCAUCAUAUAGUCAUUGAGUGGGUGGGGAGGGGAGAUAUAAGUAAAGGAUUUUAAAUUGACCAUGAUUAAUAGAGAAUUUGCUAUAAACUAGUUUUAUUCGUAGAAGAAAAAUGUGUAUUUUACUGUUUUCUGUGUUAAGUAAUUCUGUAAGUGCAUGGCAGGUUUUUUUUAAAAUAUUUUUUAAAAAGUAGUUGUUACUGGUCUGUUGUGUCAGUGAAUACAGUUAAAAUAAGUACUAUUUUUUUAAAAAACUUAUGUCUCUAUAUUUCCCAUUCCUACUAGUUUUCUUUAAAGAUUUGUCUGUACUCCUGUUGUCCCACAUUGUCACUCAAACUGCUCAAUCAAGCUCACAAAGUUUUUGUGAAUAUUCUUACCCUCUGAUACCACCACCGACCACUGUCCUUGAAGUAGAUGUUUACUUGGCUUCGGGGAGAUACCGUCUCCAGGUAUGCAUGCUCAGUCGUCUUUGCAGGUACCUCUUUCCCUUAAAUAUCUGUGUUCUUGGGAUAGUUAAGUUUUCUUAUUCUCCAUCAUCUUAACUGAUCCCAUUUCCUUUCGUGGUUUCACGUAUCACCUAUAUGCAAAUGACUCCCAAAUUUCUAUCUUCUCUCUAAGCCUUUCCUAACUCAUAUAUCUAAUUUGCCAACUUACGUCCAUUUUGCUGUCUCAGGCAGCACAGUAAGUAUGUCAUUGAUCUUGCCCCUAAACCUGCUUCUGUCAUGUUUCCCUUUUGGUAAAUGGUACCACCACUACUACCCAUUCAGUUGCCCUUGCCUAAGCCAAAACCUGAGUUAUCCAUGACUUUCCCUCUUCAUACAUCAUAACAUUCACAAAAACCUUUCUGUUAAGUCCACCGUCUACAUUUUUCUUAAUUCUCCAGUGCUACUCUUUGAAUUCAGGCCAUCAACCUACCUAAAUGAUAGCGACAGCUUCCUCAUUAGUCUCCCUUUCUCUGGUUUUGAUCCUUUUCCACACUGCAGCCAGAUUGUUCCAAAAGGCAUAUCUGGUCAUAUCACUCCACUGCUUUCACCAUUGCUGUUAGGAUAAGAUAAAUUUCUGUUCAUCCUUCAGGUCUCACUUUAUAUACCACUUCCUCUAGGAAGCCUUCAUUGAUGCUCACUAGACUAUGUGCCCCUUCUACGCCCUCCCUAAGUACCUUUUUUUCCCCCCAACCAUACACUUAAAACACUAAAUUGUUACUUACUUAACACACUUAAUUGUUACUUGUUAAUAAUCAUUGCUAUAUUGUAAGCUUUAUAAGGGCAGGGACCUCAUGCCUUGCUCAAUGUUAUAUCUGUAGUGAUUAGCACAAUGCCUGGCGUUUCAAUAAAUGUUUGAAUGAA